UAGACUAGCUGGACCCUGCGAUCACCCGUCUCGAGACGAUUUGCCCACCGAGUUCUCAUCUUGGAAAAGUAUUAAAUCCUUUGCCUCCCUCUAAUCUGUUGUAACAUUGCCCUCGUACCUGGUGAAGCUACCUAGAUCUAGAUUCGAUCAACUGGUGGUUGUAGACCACAUGUGGUCCCAUUGACAAUAUAAUCCCUCUUUCUUCCCUGGCCUUUUUGACCUUCCCCAACUUCCCUCUAUGUCUUACUUGCCCGUCAAGCUCAUCUGAACAUAUCGUGGGUUUAUUAACUUUCCACCACCCCACAUUUGGUGUUGGCCAAAUAGGGACUAAAUCCCACCGCGGCACGUCCUAAAUUGACGCGAAAGAGUGGAAGGGAAAAGGAAAAGGAAAAAUUCGAAAGGGAAAACCAAUCGUGGCGAUGAGCUCACCUGAGGUUAAAGGCCUCACCGGCCAUAAUUCUUCACCCCAAGAAGGCGUAGCUCAAAACCCCGAUCCUGCCCUCGAUCUCGCAAAUGAGCAUCAUCAUAGCCAUCUACACCACGGGGCACUAACGUCAAACACCACCAAACACCCGGAUGAGGUAGUAUAUUCUAAUGCUUCGCCGGAAAAGAGCUUCGACAAACCACAUGACUACGCCGCUGCUGAGAAAAUGGUCACGGAUGAAGAAAGUGGGAAGAUUGGCCGCAUUACUGCCGACGAGUCCGAGGAGAGAAGGGGGCCGACUGCUUAUUACUACCGAAGAUAUAGAGCCUACGUCCACAUAUUCAUCUGGGCUGUAUUCACGGCAUGGUGGAUUUUUGGGCUCGUUCGUUUUCGGCAUGAGAAGAACUGGCUGAUCCCGUUCCUGUUGUAUCUGGGCAUCACUCUUCGUCUCAUCUUCCUCUGGAUUCCCGUCAAAUAUGCCAUGAUGCCCGUCAAAUUCGUCUGGCGCCAUACUGCCUUCCGAGUCUAUGAGAUGAUCCCCAAGCGACUCCACCAGCCUCUUGGCGCCCUGGUUGCCCUCGCCGUUUUCUUGAUUGGCUCCAUGGUUCCCGCGGAGUCUACUGAUAACACUCGUGCUCGUCGCGCCCAAGCUUUGUUCGGGCUUUUGGUCAUGAUCGGCGCCAUGACCGUAACGUCUAGAGAUUGGAGGAAGAUUCCCUGGCACACAGUUAUUGUGGGAAUGCUCUCGCAGUUUGUCGUUGCUGUCUUUGUUCUACGAACUCAAGCUGGAUUUGACAUCUUCAACUUCAUCUCUUCGUUGGCUCGCGAUUUGCUUGGGUUUGCCGGCCAAGGUGUCCAGUUCUUGACCGAUGCGUCGGUGAACAGCUCAACUUGGUUCUUGGCUGUUGUCGUGCCGCCAAUCAUCUUCUUCGUCGCCUUUGUGGCCCUUUUGUUCCAUGUUGGUCUCAUUCAGUGGUUCAUCGGCAAAAUCGCCGUCUUCUUCUUCUGGAGUUUACGAGUAUCCGGCGCCGAAGCCGUGGUUGCUGCUGCGACGCCUUUCAUCGGACAAGGUGAAUCAGCUAUGUUGGUGCGCCCGUUCGUACCACACAUGACCCUGGCUGAAAUCCAUCAAAUCAUGACGUGUGGUUUUGCCACCAUUGCUGGCUCCGUCUUGGUGGCUUAUACUGCGCUCGGAUUGAAUCCCCAGGCUCUUGUCUCUUCUUGUAUCAUGUCGAUCCCGGCAUCCCUGGCUAUUUCCAAGAUGCGAUAUCCUGAGACGGAGGAGACCCUGACAUCUGGCCGCGUCGUAAUUCCCGAGGACGAGGAACAGAAAUCAGCCAACGCACUGCAUGCUUUUGCCAACGGUGCUUGGCUCGGCUUGAAGAUUGGCGCUAUGAUUAUCGCCACUCUUCUCUGCAUCAUCGCCUUCGUCGGUCUGAUUAACGGACUACUCACGUGGUGGGGUGGCUACUGGGGCAUCAACGAUCCUCCUUUGACCAUCCAGUUCGUCCUCAGCUACUGCUUCUACCCUAUUGCCUGGCUCCUCGGCGUGCCCAACGACGACCUUCUGCAGGUGGGAGAACUCAUUGCGAGGAAGGUCAUCAUCAACGAAUACGAUGCUUUCAACGCCCUCAAGUCCGAAGCCCGCUAUCAGUCUAUGUCCGAACGGGCUCAGCUCAUUGCUACCUAUGCCUGCUGCGGCUUCGGUAACAUCGGUUCUCUCGGUACCCAAAUCGGUGUCCUGUCCCAGAUUGCCCCUGGCAGAGGUGGAGACGUGUCGAAAGUCGCGAUCUCGGCUCUUGUUUCAGGCAUCAUCUCAACUCUGACAUCGGCCAGUAUCGCCGGUAUGCUGUAUACUGACUCAAUAGGAGUUCCGUUUAGCACGACGACGGGAUGAUCGAAAUGUGAUGCGUCUCGUGAUGAAGUUAUAGAAGUUAAGUAUCUACCUACCGAGGGAUUAUGUAGCGAGAAGCAGCGUAUGAAUAAAAGUAGAUGUGCAAUGAUAGCAAAAUAUGCGUACCGAGUUGUGUGGCUGGUGAUUUGUAUGUUUAGUGCUAUGUUGAAGGUAUUCGCAGUUGACCUUCACCAAGUACUAACUACGCCCAUGUCGCCACAAUUAUAUCCUUGCUCACAUAUAUAGGUACCUAUCGAUGUUAGAGAAAUACCACCUAAACGAUAUGUAUGUUUCUAUGUAGGUACAUGUGAG